GCUCACAGCAGCACACUGUGGACUGACUGAUCAUCUGCUGUUUGGGCAGUGAAUAUACACCUCCACAGACUUGUUUACCCAAAUGAAACGCUCACCCUUUCUGAGACUGUGGACACACAGGCAUCUGCUUCUCACCUAGCAGCUCGUUCAGCACCGCACCAAAAGGACACAGAACAAGUCUCUUAACAAGGUGCUACAGGACAAGUACUCUGAAGUCUGAAACCCAGGAUCUAGAUUGAAGCCGGUUCUAAAUUUCAGCCAGUCUUCAUUCUGGAGGGAAAGGCCCCAGUUGAGUCGAGCGGGGGGGAUGGAGGAGGCGGGGAGGCCGGAUCCCUCAGCCCUGCUGCUCUGCCUCUGAGCCCCGGACCCUGGCAGAGCGAGAGCCUGCUGGCAGAGUCCUGGUCCACAAUGGGUGACGUGGACCCCGAGGACACCAAGAGCCUGGACAGCAAUGACGAGGUGGUUCUGGGCGGGGAGGAGAACCACUCCUCCAACUCCGACAUGGUCCACCUGGAGCGAGAGGAGGCCGAGAUGCUCGAGGAGGCAGAGAAAGCGAGGAGGACAGAGGAAGAGGAGGAGGAUGACGAGGAGCUGCAGACAAGCGUGUUGAGCGUUUUAGGCGGUGAAAGGGAGCUGGCGGAGCUCAGUGAGGAGGAGCAGGACCUCCACGCCCCAGAAACUGAGGAGCUCCUGGUGUCAUCGGAGGAGCCUCGUCUGGAGAAGAGGCCUGCAGAGUUCAUGCAGGUGGUUCCCCCGAUGGCGCUGCCUCCUCUGCCCAUCGUCAGGCUCGACCCCCCCUCCACCACAUCCACCCCGGUCCCUUCAACCACAACCUCUGAAGCUGAGGAGCUUUACCCCACUCAAGGGCUCCACCCUCCCUCCAUCCUCGCACAGGUGGAAGCAGAGCCUCCGUCAGAGAGGCAACUAAAGUUCUCACAGAUUCCCCUCUCGGACGUGGAGGAACAUUCAGUUCAGUCGUCUCAAGCGUCGUCAGAAAAGCCGGAGUCACCACAGCCCAAUGCUCCCGAGACUCCCAAACCCCUGAGCUCCACCAAGCUGCUGUGUGGAAGCGCUGCUUUGGUCGCCGUGUUGGGAGUAGUGGCAUACGGCGCCGUGGCCUAUUGCCGAAAGUAGUCGCCUUUAACCCAGAAUCACCCCUUUCAACACAGGUUUUCUAAUCUAUUCCAAAUGAAAAUAUUCCACUUAACUCUCUGAUUUCUGGAUUUUAUUCUCUCUCUCUCUCUCUCUCUCUCUCUCUCUCUCUCUCUCUCUCACACACUCUCUUUGUAUUGUAGUUACUAUUGAACACGUUCAAAUUUGUUUUGUGCUACCUCAGCUCAUGGCCUUUGUUUUUCUGUAUUCAAUAAAUCUCUGAUCUCUGAGAUGUAAACCUGGAAAUGUAAAAUCAUGUGAAGGUAGAAUUUUAAAGAAUCCU